GCACUGACAUAUAUUUACAUGUAUAUCCCACAAGAUGAACGGUCCGGAUUAUCUGCUGGUGGGUCCCAAGGGGCGAGCUUGGCUUCAAGGACCCUCCUUUCUCUCCCCCCUUUCUAGAAGAAGAAAAAACAUAAAAAGACCUCAAAUUUCAAACUUCAAAUCCCCCCAUUUCUCUUCUUGUCAAAAUCCCGCCUCUUCUCAUUCCCCACACCCCAUUUUUUUAUAUUACCCAUCCUGCCCUUCUCUGUCUCCCCCCUUUCCCUUAUCCUUCACCCCAUGGCGCACGCUAGCGACCUUCCCUGCGAUGGGGACGGCAUCUGCAUGCUCUGCAAGAAAACCCCCUCAGAAGAAGAGAAGCUCAUCUGCAGCACGUGCGCCACCCCCUGGCACGCGACCUGCCUCUCAAACCCUCCUUCCUCCCUCUCGUCCCUCCCCCAAUGGGAGUGCCCAGACUGCUCCACGCCGUCUCCGUCCGCCGCUGCCGGCGGCGAUAUCCGAUUUCCAGCCUCCGCGAAGCCACCUCAGUCGUCCGAUCUGAUCGCAGCGAUCCGUGCGAUCGAGACCGACGGGUCGCUGACGGAGAGGGAGAAGGCGAGGCGGCGGCAGGAGCUAAUGUCCGGGAGCGCCGCUCGGACUGCGGAGGCGGAUGGAUCCGAUGAAUCGAAGGCAUCGAAGCCGAAGGAAAGCAGGAAGAAUGACGUUCUUGGUCUCUUAGAUGUGAACUUGAACUGCUCUUUCUGUAUCCAGCUUCCUGAAAGGCCUGUUACUACGCCUUGCGGGCACAACUUCUGCCUGAAAUGCUUCCAGAAAUGGAUUGAGAAGGGGAAGCGAUCCUGUGCAAAAUGCCGACACCCAAUCCCACCCAAGAUGGCAAGUCAGCCCAGAAUCAACUCGACACUCGUUGCUGCGAUUCGAGUUGCCAAGACUGCUAAAGCAGUCACGUCCGGUGCUGAUGGUAAAUUGAAUGUCUACCAUUUCGUGCACAACCAGGACCGGCCUGACAAGGCGUUCACGACAGAGCGGGCCCAGCGGGCUGGGAAGGCAAAUGCGUGCAGUGGCAAGAUCUUUGUCACGGUCCCACCUGACCACUUUGGCCCAAUCCUCGCGGAGAACGACCCUGCAAGGAAUCAGGGUGUGUUGGUAGGGGAAUCAUGGGAGGACCGCAUGGAGUGCAGGCAGUGGGGUGUUCACCUUCCGCAUGUUGCAGGGAUCGCCGGGCAAUCGGAGCAUGGAGCGCAGUCAGUGGCCCUCUCUGGAGGUUACCAAGAUGACGAGGAUCAUGGGGAGUGGUUUCUCUAUACAGGAAGUGGCGGGAGAGACUUGAGUGGGAACAAGCGAACGAACAAGGAGCAGUCGUUCGAUCAGCAAUUUGAUAAAAUGAAUGAGGCACUGCGGGUCAGCUGUAAGAAGGGUUACCCAGUUCGAGUGGUGAGAUCUCACAAGGAGAAGCGUUCAUCCUAUGCGCCAGAAACUGGGGUGCGGUAUGAUGGAAUUUACAGGAUUGAGAAAUGCUGGCGCAAAGUUGGAAUUCAAGGUUUCAAGGUCUGCAGGUAUCUGUUUGUCCGAUGUGAUAAUGAACCUGCACCGUGGACCAGUGAUGAAACUGGUGAUCGUCCAAGAUCUUUGCCUGACAUUAAAGAACUAAAGAAGGCGACUGAUAUUACUGAAAGGAUGGGAAGCCCCGCAUGGGAUUAUGAUGAAGAGAAUGGCUGGAGAUGGGCAAAGCCGCCGCCACUGAGCCGAAAACCGGUGGCCACUGGAAAUCCUGAAGACAGGAAGAGAGCUAGAAAAGCUAUAAGGCGUGCCCAGAACCUCUCUGUAAGAGAAAAGCUCCUGAAAGAAUUCUCUUGCCUACUCUGUCGUAAUGUGAUGAAUCUUCCACUCACGACUCCCUGUGCUCACAACUUCUGUAAGCCGUGUUUGGAGGGCGCGUUUGCUGGCCAGACGUUCUUGCGUGAGAGGAUCCAUGGUGGAGGACGGACCCUACGAGCUCAGAAAAAUGUCAUGAUGUGCCCUUCCUGCCCCAAUGAUAUCUCUGACUUCCUUCAAAAUCCUCAGGUUAACAGAGAACUGAUGGAUGUGAUCGAGUCUCUCAAACAGCAGACUGAAGAAGACAUUGAGUUGGGCGAGGAUGGAAUCAACGUCAUAGCAGAGAAGUCUCACCUCACUGAGGGAGAUACUGAAGUUGGGUCUGAAAUGCCAGAAGCAGCUGAUGAGGACAGUCAGAUUGCUGCGAACGAGAGCAAACAAUCACAGACGUACCAACAGAAGAAAGCUGUUAUGAUCAGCAGGGAAUCUGAUGAUGCUGGCUCUGAAAAUCCUGAAAUGCCCGAAUCGAGUGAUGAGGAUUGUCAGAUUCGGAAGGCUGAAAGUGCACGGCCAACAACUUGCAAUCCAAAGAAAAGUGAAACUCCGAAGAAGGCUAAAACCAGUAAUAAAUCGAAUGAACCAGAGCCUGAGAAUCCCAAAAGGGCAGAUGGGGGAGGUAGUGAUCGUCGAACUCGUGCAUCUGAAAAGAAACAGCCAGUGACGUAUGAGCGGAAGAAAAGCGAAACUCUGAAGAAGGCUAAGAACAGUAAGAAAUCCAAUGAACCAGAGCCUGAGAAUCCCAAAAGGUCAGAUGGGAAUGGUAGGGACCGUCGAACUCAUGCAACUGAAAAGAAACAGCCAGUGACAUAUGAGAAAACUGGAAAUGGGAAGAGGGCAGUCAGCGGCAAGAAAUCAAAUGAAGCUGACGCAGAUAAUCUUGAAUUAGCGAAUGGGGGCAAUAAGGACCACAAUACUCCUAAAAGCAAAGAGCCAGUGAUGUACAAUUGGAAGAAAGGCAAAGAUGCAAAGAAGGCUACAGAGAGCAAGAAAUCCGAUGAGCCUGGCUCAGAAGAUAGUAAAAUCCUUGACCGCGCUGCAGCUGAAAUCAAGCAGCCAAAGACGUACGUGCGGAAGAGGCCCCUGACCAGGAGCUGUUCGGCAAAGAUGGAUGAGAAGAUAAAACCGAGCAAGGAAUCUGGAGAUGCGAAGAAGCCUUCCAAAAGCAAGAAAACCCAGGAGUGUGGUUCUGAAGAUCUUGAAAUGCUUGAUGCGAGCGAUGAGGACGGUCCGACAGCUGAAAUCAAGCAACCAAAGACGUACAUGCGGAAGAGGCCCUUGACCAGGGGCUUUGCAGCAAAGAUGGACGAACAGAAGGCCAAGAAGAGCAGGAAAUCCACCAAAGCGCAGGAAGACAGCGGUGGCAAUUCACCGUUGAGCCCACUGCUUGUGCGGUCGGAUGAUGACGACGACUUUGAGUGAUUGUGGUCUCAAUUGGGCGGGUCCAAUUUGGAUUUCACGAUGUGGGUAUAUUGCUUCUUUUUUGGUGUUAUCAGCUCUGAUGUUCAAAUGCGGUGAGAGGCAUGAUUUUGUGCACACCCACCAUCUCUGCAGAGGUAUUCCAACGUCUCACAAGUUCAAAUUUUGAAAAAGAAAACAGCUUUUUUUGGGUAGUAAAAUGUAUAGAGAGAAGCUCCAUGGCUCUCAGACUACUAUGAGUUACAGUGCUCUCAGUUGCAUUGGCACACUUAAGACAAUCCAAUCCAUGGAGUGCUGUUCAUUAGAUUCAACACUCAUUUAUUGGGCUAACACUGAUCUGACAAUCUUAACCAUCUGAUCAGUAGCAUUUAAUAUUGAUGAUUACGAUUAUUUGCACAAUAGGUCCAAUAAACCAUUUGAUCUAUGUAAUUAUUAGGGCCCAUCAUGGAUUGCUUAUGAUUCGUAAAGGAUCACUUUUUUUAGUGUAUCGUCACCAUCCCAUCCAUGGUUUAGGAAGAAAAGAAAGGGGCUAAAAAAAGGCCAAAUUGGGGAUGGAUUGGAUAAUCUUAUCAGUGUAUUUUUGCUUGGUAGCCCAUGAUUCUUGAGUUAAUGGACUGUUUAGAUCGAUCAAUUUGACUGUCCAAAUGAUCCAAUGCAACUAGAGCUGCAUAACUCAUGGUGCUUCGAGAACUAGAGCAUUUCUCAAAUGUUUAUACUAGCUUUCAGUCUCUUUGUCAAGGAUUUUAGUGGAAUAUAGUUUAUAUUAUUUGUGGA